UUGAUAGAAAUCAAGAACUACUACUUCGCGGUUACUCUCUCAGUAUUUUUCUGCUUUUUGCUCUCAGUCAAUUUUUCAUUUCCAGAUGAUGUGCACACUUUAACAUGUGCCUUACUACUGUUGAACUCUGAUUUACAUGGACACAAUUUGGGGAAAAAGAUGACAAUACGAGAUUUUAUUAACAAUAUCUCACAUACUGGAGUACAUUUCAAACGUGAUCUACUCAAAGCUUUAUACAAUAGCAUCAAAGAGAAUGAAAUUGUAGGUCAAUGGGUUGAGGGACUACCGCUGGUUGACUCAUUAGGGAUUUAUUCUAGUUGCUCCUGGAGGUUGAUCCUGAAUCACAGGUUGAAUAUAAGUGCGGUUACAUCAUGCGUAAAUGCUUAUACGAUGCGGAUGGUGCGAAAACACCUUUUGGUCGCCGUGGUUGGAAGGAAUGGUAUGCAAGGCUUCGUGGCCUGGUGUUAUACCUGGGAAGAGACGACAGUGACAAAAAACGGAGCAGGUACGAUUUUCUCCUUCGAAUUUGCACUUAAGGUUAAAUUUGCUCAUGCCUAGAU